AUGAGGAUGCAUGAACAGGGUUCCACACUGUUCCAGUGUCAGAAGAAGGCCCAUAAAGGAUCCACUAGGGCACAGAUGCCACCACCCAAGGAAAUUCUGACCAGAAAGUGUGGUCCCAAAGCUUCCAAGGGCAAAGGCAAGGUGACAACCACCAAGGUCAGUACCAGUUCAAGGAUGAUGGUAGUGGUAAAGAGUGGGAACCCCUACCAGUUGCAAGUGGGGUGGUGGAUGAUAGAAACCUGGAGAGACAAAGGUUGCUAUGAUCCCCAUGCCUUGGUGUGGGACAUGACUUCUGGGAAGCAUGUGACUAGAGGAAAGCUGAAGGGAGAAUUCCCUAGGAUCAACCCAAGGGGUGCUGCAUGGAAGGAGAAGUCAAGGAUUACCCUAGAAGGGGUGGGGUAA